GUGGGGGAUCAAAAUCCCUAGCCGCAUCUCCAUUGCAAUCAGGCCUGUCACAUCUCUCUUCUCCCCCACCUCUCCUUCUCCAACUCCGGCUGCCGGCCAGGCCGGCGUGGUGGUGCGCCUCCCAUCAAUCCAUCCAUCCACUCCAUCUCCACCACACCACCCUUAGUGCCAUCCACUACAUUACCCAUCUCCAUCAACCACUCCACCGGUGCCAUCAGCCACGACCAUCACCACCGCGCCCUACCAGACUAGGGGUCGCGGCUGUCUGGUGCCCCGCACGACUCCCACUGCGCCGUCCUGCUGCUGCUCCUUUUCCCCUUGCCACACCGCUGCUCCUCCACCCCUCUCCUUCCCUGCGCUGCUUGCUGCUUCUCCUUCAAUCUCUAUUGUUGCUCCCCUUCUCCCCCCAUGUCUCUGCCGACCUUCUGCUCCCCCUCUUGCUGCCGCUGCUGCUACUCUCCAUCGCCAGAUUUUGCUACUGCUCCAUCCCACGCUGCCGCCGCUUCUUCUCCAAGCCCCCAUGCUGCCGCUACUCCCUUUCCUCGCUGCUGCUCCUUCUUUCUGUACCUCUGCUGCUAAUCUUCUUGUGCAUUCUGCUGCUCCUCUGAACCCCUCAUGCUGCUGCUCCUAAUCUGAACCAUAAACUACUGCUAUCUCUCUUUUUCCCUCUCUAUAUUCUCUGAAUUUCUGUAAGCUGAGAUGUGUAAUGCCUUGUAAUGUUCAGAUUUGAGUAGUGCUUGAAACUUGUUCAGUUUCAGAUUUGUGCUUGAUUAGUAGUACUUAUUCUGUUCACCUGAGAGUAUUAGAACAGUGUCCUGUAGUAUCAUAUUCGUAUUUGUGUAUGUGUGUGUUCAUCUAAUUUGUUCCAUUUUAUAGUCCAUGUGUUAACUCUAGUACGAGUGUUAUAUAAAUAUAUGUGUGUGUGUGUGUAAUUCCUGUGAAAUAUUGCUGUGAGAUGAUGAUAUUUGUUUAGUCCAAAGACAUGUGAUGUUCUUACUUGUUUUGUUGACCAGUGAGAGUUUGUGCUAUCACACUGUGACUCUCAUUUAGAAUGUAUGAGAACUAGCUAUAUAUGUCAUCUAUAUUCUGUACUUGCUGAUGAUUAGUGUCCAGGUUAUUGUUCUUGUGAUAUAUACAUAUAUGUGUGUGUUAUGUUCAUGUCCUUUUACUUCUCUUGUCAUUGAUGAUAGCUUUUGUUAGUAUCUUAAUUUCUCAAGCAAUAAAAAAUACCAAAAAGAUUGUUGAAGAUAAUCUGAACCUUUCUGUGUGUGUUUUUGCAUUUUCUUUGUCGACGAUCUUUGGGAACGACCUUUUUUGUUUAGGUUUUAUUUUCUGCAUUCGUCUCUUAAAAUUGUGUUACCUAUAUUUAGCCGAGCAUAGUUGUCGUCGCCUAGUCCCUGUGGAGAACACGACAUCCGUAGUUUGGGGCGUAAAAACCCCUCUAUACUCAAUUGAUCAGUUUGGCGCCGUUGCCGGGGACUAGCGUCGAGUGACCGUGUUAGGCUAUAGACUAGGUUUAUUUUAGUUCCGUGUUUAACUCGUCGUGUAUUUCAUUUUCUGCAUUUCUUUUAUAUUUUUUUGUUGUUGUUUCUUCGGCUUAUUAGGAUACUAACAUUCUGACUAGUAUUUACUAUUUAUGAGUGUGCGUAGGAAAUCUGAACUAUUUACAGGUUGAUUGAUAGUUACACUUGGCGGAGAUAUGGCUAUGCUUCGUGAUGUUUGGAUGCCAAGCAGCCAAUGCUAUUUCACAGGGCCACUUUGGCCGUCUUUUGAGGUGGCAAAUUUUGAGCUAAAGCCUGGUCUUAUUGCUUUGGUUCAACAACAUCAGUUUGGAGGGUUGCCUAAUGAAGAUCCUUACGAGCACUUACACCGAGUCAUGGAGUAUUCAGAUACAGUCAAGUACCAUGGAGUUCCUCAAGAUGCAAUCAUGUGCAGGUUGUUCACAUUCUCCCUUCGCGAUGAUGCUCGUGCUUGGUAUCGAUCCUUGCCAUCAAGGUCAUACAGUUGGAAUGAGAUAUUGCGAGCUUUCUUGGAUAAAUAUUUCCCAUUACACAAGCAGUCCGCAAUUCGAGAUGAGAUCUUCAAUUUUGUUCAGUGUGAAGGCGAGAGCUUGUAUGAUGCUUGGGAGAGAUACAAAGCCUUAUUAAGGAGAUGUCCUAAUCAUGGGCUCGAGAGAUGGUUAGAGCUGCAGAUAUUCUAUAGAGGAUUGACUUCGGACACUCGAGCUUACGUCGAUAUGGCAGCGGGUGGAGCUAUUACAAACAAGACACUUGAUGAAGCUUUUCUGCUGAUUGAGAGCAUAGCUUUCCACCAACUUCAGUGGUACAAUAAGAAGCCCACAUCUGAUUCAUUGGUUUGCUUGCAACAAAUCACUACACCUCAACCACCAAUUCUUACACAAAAGCCCGAGCCUCUAUCUCAGUGUGACAAGGUUGAGCUUGCAUGGAUUAUAUUUGACGAUGAUGACACCAUUCUAGUUGACACACACGCUACAGAUCAUAUGGAUACUAGUGUUGGAGAUUCAGUUUUGCAUUGUGAUGAUUCUUCCAUGGAUGAGCCAGAGCUGCAGUUCAUUGCUUUUGAUAUUGAGGAGUCACCUUUAGUUGAUAUUGAUCAUGUGCUGCUAGAGCCAGAUAUGGAGAAGUUCGCCUUUGAUGAUGUUAGCCGCAUUGAUUCUUCAACACUUGAUCCUGAGAUGGAGAGCUUCAUGGUUGAUUAUGGUGAGGUGGAUUCAGAUGUCAAGGAGUCAAGCUCUAUUUCACUUGUUGACACGAGUCCGGUGGAAAUUUCUACUACCACACCUCACUUGGUAUCUUCAAUCGAGGUAGUCCUGAAGCUUCUUCCUAACUAUCUCAGGUAUCAUCUCAGCUUUCUCGACAAGAUAUGCCAUAUCAUGGAUACUGCCUAUGCACCAUGCGAUUUAUUGAUGAUAUCUAUUUAUCAUAUGCUCAAUAGAUAUGCUUAUGUGAUAGGAUACUCUAUUGAUGACUUAGAGGGCAUUGUCCCUAUCAUUUGUAUUGGCUUGUUUGUUGAGUGUUCUUUCAGGUUUACGCUUGUGCACCAUUCAUUACGGGCUGACCAAGUUCGAGAUGACAUCCCAUGGGAUCCUGGUGGAUUCACGGCAUGGUGAUGAGGAGAAGCAAUGGGCACACGCGAAGAGGGGUGAAGCUGGAGCAGGCAUGGGGAUAGAGAAGCAAAAAGAGAAGAGCUACAGUUUAGAGAGCGUUGAGUGAGUGCUACUUCCUAUAUAAACCCGGUGAGCUGUUUCAUGACCCGAAUCUUAAUAUAUCAUCCAUUGAUACAUGCUGAAAUCAUUUGAUAUUUGGGUUGCUUGAGCAAUUUCUUAAAUAUUGUCCCACUGAAUUUUACCUUUGACAUAGGGUGAUUGAUGUGAAUAUGUGAACUGAGUGUUGAAUGCCUUGUAAACUAGUGAUCUACACAAGGCUUGCUUUGCUGAAAGUAGUGAAAGCUAUUAGUUUUGAGUGCUCAAAUCCCUAGUACACUAGAAAACUUAAUCAUUUUCUGCUUUUACCUUGAUACACCUAGAUCAUUAAGAGUCAGAUGCUGAGUUUGUGCCUAAUGUGUUCCCAUUGAGAGCAAUCACCUAACCACUAUGGAUUAGCAUGCUAUGUUCCCUGGAUCGGUAGCAUGUGAACUAGACAUGGAGAAGUGCUAAUUCCUAUUUUUGUGCUUAAGCGUUGUUCAUUUAAGAUAAGUAAUAAUGAAUAAAUUAGUCUGACUACCUACAGUAGCAUGUCAUGUUCUCAGGAUCGGUGGCAUGUGAAAUCGGGUUAGCUUGGGCAGUAAUUAUUAAUAAAAAAUGUAAUUGUCGAACCAGGUGUAUACCAUGUUCUCGGGAUCGGUGGUAUGUUCCUUUGGGGAGACAAACAAAAAAAACUAAUAAUUGGUCGAUCCAGGUGUAUACCAUGUUCUCAGGAUCGGUGGUAUGUUCCUUUGGUGAGAUCGAUAAAAUAUUAUCAUUGCUUUACUUCUGUAAAUAAGUGAACUGAUCACAAGUUUAUGUUCUUUUUUGUGCUCUGGAUCAUGCUCUCUUUAGGAACCUUUGGCACAAUCAUCAUUUGAACUUGUUGAUCCACUUUUAUCAUUGUAAAAGUUUAAAAUGAUUGAGUCUACUAGUAUCCUAUUGCUUUGUAGCACUCUUGACCAUUAAUUUUCAUUAGCUAAGUCCAAAGCAUGCUUUGUUUGGAGAUCUGCUUCACUGGGACAUUCUCUAGUCAGCUCACUGUUCAUUAUCUAGCUCUUGUCAUAUUCCUUUGCUUGAGGACAAGCAAAAGUUUAAGUGUGGGGGAACUUGAUAAGCACAUUUCUUAAAUACUAUUUGGGCACACAAAUUCACCAUUUAUUGAGAUAUAUCCAUCCAUUAUUGCUACAACUUGUUGAAUAUUCGAAUGAUAAUCAUAAAAGAGAAUGUUGACUAGUGAAUUGUUUAUUUUGCAGAAAAGUGCGCAAAGGCACUAUAAUCGUCAAGACUUCUACUAUGUGGCUAACGAGAAGAGAGAAGGGCAUGAAAGAAAUACGUCAAGGCUUGAGCGUGAAGGAAAGAAGUAAUGUAGGGGAGCAAACUAAAAGAAGAGGAGGAUCUUCUUGGGAAGAAAGAAGAGAAGUAGGAGGGACAAACCGCAAAGUGGCAGAUCAGAUCAUGGGGGAUCAAAAUCCCUAGCCGCAUCUCCAUUGCAAUCAGGCCUGUCACAUCUCUCUUCUCCCCCACCUCUCCUUCUCCAACUCCGGCUGCCGGCUAGGCCGGCGUGGUGGUGCGCCUCCCAUCAAUCCAUCCAUCCACUCCAUCUCCACCACACCACCCUCAGCGCCAUCCACUACAUUACCCAUCUCCAUCAACCACUCCACCGGUGCCAUCAGCCACGACCAUCACCACCACGCCCUACCAGACUAGGGGUCACGGCUAUCUGGUGCCCCGCGCGACUCCCACUGCGCCGUCCUCCUGCUACUCCUUUUCCCCUUGCCACACUGCUGCUCCUCCACCCCUCUCCUUCCUUGCGUUGCUUGCUGCUUCUCCUUCGAUCUCUAUUGUUGCUCCCCUUCUUCCCCCAUGUCUCUGCCGACCUUCAUCCCACGCUUCUGCUACUCUCCAUCGCCAGAUUUUGCUACUGCUCCAUCCCACGCUGCCGCCGCUUCUUCUCCAAGCCCCCAUGCUGCUGCUACUCCCUUUCCUCGAUGCUGCUCCUUCUUUCUGUACCUCUGCUGCUAAUCUUCUUGCGCAUGCUGCUGCUCCUCUGAACCCGUCAUGCUGCUGCUCCUAAUCUGAACCAUAAACUGCUGCUAUCUCUAUUUUUCCCUCUCUAUAUUCUCUGAAUUUCUGUAAGCUGAGAUGUGUAAUGCCUUGUAAUUUUCAGAUUUGAGUAGUGCUUGAAACUUGUUCAGUUUCAGAUUUGUGCUUGAUUAGUAGUACUUAUUCUGUUCACCUGAGAGUAUUAGAACAGUGUCCUGUAGUAUCACAUUCGUAUUUGUGUAUGUGUGUGUUCAUGUAAUUUGUUCCAUUUUAUAGUCCAUGUGUUAACUCUAGUAUGAGUGUUAUAUAAAUAUAUAUAUAUGUGUGUGUGUGUGUGUAA